AUGAUGCCCAGUUCCGCAACCAGCGCCAAUCCCUACGAUGAUGAUGCAGUGGAGCGUGACUUGAUUGAUCCGGACGAUGCUACCCUCGAUGACCUCGACGACCCUCUGCAAGGCACGUCGGACCGCGCGCCGCUGACGGGGAACAUCCAACGCAAUGCCGCCCAGACACAGUCUUACUUAACGUCGAGCAUCCCGGGCGAGGACCGUCGCGCGCCAACAAACACCAUUGACGAGACGGUAUGGGAGACGCUUUCGAGAGACAUUUUUGCCAUUUGGGAGAAGAUGAAGCAGGUGCUGUACCCCAAGUACCUGCUGGGCGGCAUGAUGCAGCGCGGUGGAGGCAUUGGGGCCGCAGAGCGCGGUGAAGCAGACGGCGUCGGCGGUCGUCUCAGGAACAUUGCUGGCAGAUGGCCAGAUGCCGAUGUUAUUCUCCAGGGCGGCAUGAGCGAGGGACUAAGAGACUGGGACCUUUGGGGGCCGCUCAUCUUCUGCUUACUGCUGAGCUUGUUUCUGUCCUGGGGGGCCAAGGGCGACCAAAAGGACCUUGUCUUCUCAGGCGUCUUUGCCAUGGUGUGGAUUGGAGAGGCUGUAGUGACGCUGCAGAUUAAGUUACUGGGCGGCAACAUCGCCUUUUUCCAGUCUAUCUCGAUUAUCGGCUACACUCUGUUCCCGCUUGUCAUUGCAUCGGUGCUCAGCGCUGUCGGCAUACCCGUCAUAGUGCGCAUACCCGUCUACAUAGUUCUGAUUGCAUGGUCGUUGGCAGCUGGGGUGAGCAUCAUGGGCGGAUCUGGCGUAGUGAGGAACCGAGUCGGGAUUGCAGUAUACCCCUUGUUUGUAUUUUACGUUGCGCUGGGCUGUCUCUGCUUUAUCAGCUAG